AUGCUGGAAGGAAUAAGAUCAAGACCUGGGAAAGUUAUACUUGCUGGUGAUGAUCGCCACGUCCAGAUUCAAAAGUGGAUUCGAGAGAAUUUGGUUAAUGUGAGACAUACUUAUGAUGUGUGGCAUGUAGCCAAAAGUAAUAAGAAAAAGCUAACUGCACUAUCAAAACAGAAAGAUUGUGAAAUCAUUGGAAAAUGGAUAAAAAGUAUUAGUAACCAUGUCUACUGGGCUGCUGCCUCAACUCCAGAUGGAGACAGAGAAACCAUCUUAGCCAAAUGGUUAUCUCUGUCAAAUCACAUACAGAACAUUCACAAUGGUCAUGGUCCUAGGUUUCCAUCCUGUCUGCAUGGUGACUUGGAGUCAAGACAAUGGCUUAAACCAGGAACCAAGGCAUGUGCCAAAGUUGAAGACCUAAUAACAAACACACGAUUGUGUAACGACAUUCGCAAACUUUCAACUGACCCACAGACAUCUGACCUCGAGGCAUAUCAUAGUGUUGUAAACCAUUUCGCCCCCAAACUGCAUUCCUACACAUUUCAUGGUCAAUUAUGCAGACAACAUCUUGCUGCUCUGCAUUUCAACGAAAACAGCAAAAGAAAGUCUGCUGUAAAUAAAGAUGGUAAUGUUGCCAUUCAAAUCGCAUUCCCAAAAUACAAGACAGGGGAUGAAUUCUCUAUAAAAAUAAAAAGGGAAAAAAUGACAUAUGAAUAUGUGGAAUCCUUACUCAGGGAAGUGUUGGACAUAGCAGACAGAGACUCUGGCCCUUCGGUCCUUUCCACACCUGCCCCACCUUUCUUGAGCAGCGGAAAAAGAAGACCAUGCCAAGAUGAAAUUUCCAGGACGCUAAGUCGUUACACGAAAUUCAGAUUUGGAGAGAGACGUUGUUUGGAAUAUUGAAAUUUUGGUUAUUUGCAUAAAUAGGUUCUUUGUGGUACAAAUUAAUUCCCAUUUUACAGGAAUGAUAAGAAUUAAGACCUAGUUUUGUAUAUCUUUGGCAUUUAUCAGUCCAAUAAUUUUUGAAUAAUAAAUAGAGUUAAGGACCUUUAAUGAAUUUAUCUUUUUAAAAAUCUGUCCAGACUUCUAUUGUUAUACUGCUAAUGCAGUUUUAGUGAAACUUUACAUGAUUGAUCUAUCUUUAGUACUGCACAUAAUACACACGUUUUCUGGUUGAAUGACUUUUGCCUAGUUAUAGUCCUAGAAUUUAAAAUGCAUUUAGGCAUUUUAAGGAUUUAUUUUUUGCCUGCUACAAAAUAGCUGUGACAUCAUCCCUCAAUGCUUCUGCUUAAUUAAGCUAACAUCAGGCAACAUGUGACGGUGAAAACUGAUUGCUUUUGUUGAAGUGUUCAAUUAAUUUAUG